CUCAUUUCCAAGACCCAAAACCAACACCUUCACAGAGCGAGAAAACGAGCAAAAAACAGAGAGAGAGAGAGAGAGAGAACCUAGAAACGCAGUGUAAGCAAUUUCUGAAUACCUUCAAUGGCAGCCAGUAAGAGCUACUACGCACGCCCGAGCUACCGCUUUCUUCCCAGUGACAGAGAUCACCACACCACCAUCGCGCACGACUCGGCAUUCGAACUCGACGAGUCCGACAUCUACAACUCGGUCCGCUCCAACUCGCCCGAGUUCCGCAAGCCCGCGCCGGUUUCGCGCCUCUCGAAGAAGUCCUCCUCCAAGCCCUCAGCCGACCGCGCCGUCGCCGGCGCCACCGCGUCGUCGCUGCCGGUGAACAUUCCGGACUGGUCGAAGAUCCUGAGGGACGAGUACAGAGAUAAUCGCCGCGGAGACAGCGUCGACUACGACGACGUGGACGGCGACGACGAGUGCGAGAACGGGGUGAGGGUCCCGCCGCACGAGUUUUUGGCGAGGCAGAUGGCGAGGACGAGGAUCGCCUCCUUCUCGGUUCACGAAGGCGUAGGGAGGACUUUGAAAGGAAGAGAUCUCAGUAGAGUCCGAAACGCAAUUUGGGAAAAAACCGGCUUCCAAGAUUAGAAGAAGAACAAGAAGAGGAAAUGGAGAAAAAUCACAAAUGACUGAGAAAUUACGGAAUAUUUAUUAGAUUAGUUUUUUUUGUUUUGUUUUUAUUUUUUUUGGGUUCCGACGGUAGGAUUAGUCUCAUAGACCUCUUCUCUUCUUCUUCUUCUUCUUCUUCUUCUUCUUCUUCUUCUUUUUUUUUUUUUUUCAUUUAUGAAUUUACGUUCGUUUGAUCAAUCUACUCGAUCAAAAGGAACAUUUUGACUCUUGUAAUUUUAACUUCCGAGGUUGUAAUCGAAUUUGCGGAGGAAAAUUUGGUUUGCUUUUCCUCAAAUUUUUAUA